AUGAACAAUAACAACAACAAAAUGAUCAAUUUAUUUGAAAUUUUAAUAAAAAUAUUCAUAUUAUUAUUAUUAUUAUUAUCAUCAUCUCAGCAACAAUUAUUUGCUCAAAAACAGCAACAUUUGUUACAAACAACUAACAUCAAUAAUAAAUUACUAAAUCGGCCAUCAUCAACAUCAACAAUAUCAGCUGAAAGACGUAAAGCUGUUUCAAUUGAUUUAAUGAAUCGUUUAUUUGGUCGUCCAUUAACCAUUCAGGUACCGGAUGUUAUUAGUAAUUUAUUACCAAGUUCAUCAAAUAUUAUUAAAGUUCUUUCGGAUAAUAAUAAUUCAACGGAAAAAAUCAAAACAGAUAAACCAACAUCAUCAUCGUCGUCGAGUAAAAAUCAAAUGAUGAAUAAUCAAUAUCCAUAUUUAAAUUAUGAUCCAAUAAAAUUAUUAGAUAAUUUUGAUCAACAGCAACAAACAACGAUGACAAAAUAUAUGCCAAAUUUAUCAACAUUUUAUGAUGAUAGUACAAUUGGUGAUAUGAAUAACAAUGCAAUGACAAUGAUACCGUUGAAUAUAAUGCCAACACAAUCAAAUUAUAUGGAUUAUGGUCAUUAUCAUGAUCAUCAUGGUCAUCAUCAACAACAACGAAAAUUGUUGAAAAAACCAUCAUCAUCAUCAUUGAAUCGAAGACCAAACAAUAAUCAUGUUACAUUGAAUUAUGUAUCGAAUGAUGGUAAAAAUCGUUAUGUUGAUAAUAAUUUAAAUACGAAUCAUCAACAAACAUCAUCAACGAUGAAAAUUGGCGAUUCAUCAUGGAUGGAUGAUGAUCAUCAUAAUGUUAAUGUUGGUGGUACAAAAACAUCAAAUGUUGGUUUCGAUACAAAUGAUCAAUCUUCAAUUGAUGAUGGACAAACUUCGAAUGAUCAACAAACGGAAAAAUCCAAAUCAAAAAUGUCUGAAGAAAAAAUGAAUUAUUUUAAAAAAAUUUUCGAUUCAUUUGAUGAUGAUCAAAAUUCUUUUGGCGAAUUAUUCUCAUCAACACCAACAACAUCAACAAAACAACAAUAUCAUCGCCAACAACAACAACAACAAUCUCAAUCGAAAGAUUUUACCAAUUAUUCAUCGGGAUUAAAAGAUCAUCCAGAUGAAUCAUUAUUAUCACAUCGAAAUAAUUUACCGACAAAUUAUUAUCAUGAUACAAAUGGAAUACAAUCGAUAGAAUCGAAUAAUGGUGAUGAACGACAACAAAAUCGAUUAAAUUCGAAUUCGAAUUUAUUGAAACAUUCGAAUCAUCAUCAUCAUCAACAACAGGAUUCAAUGAUGGCAGAUUAUGGAACAAAUUAUUAUGAUAAUAAUAAUAAUAAAUAUUUAACCGGUUCGGCCAGUGAAAUUGAACCAAUUUAUUUACCUGGACCAAUUAAAACAAUAAAAUCGGAUAAACAACCAAUAACAUUACCAUCAUCAAUGAUAUUACCAAUGAUGAUGUUACGUGAUACUAUAUCAUCAUCAAUACCUGAUCAUUCGAUAAAAACAAAUUAUCCAAGACCACCAUUACCACCUGUAGCUAGUCGAGUUAAAGAAUUUUUAAAAAAUUUAAUCAAUACAAAAUUGUAAUUCAAAACAUUUUUUUUCUGUUUUCUUGUUUUUCAAACAAAAAAAAGAAGAAAGGAUUAAAAUAAUGGUCCUUAUAA